AAUAGUCUUAAAAUAACUAACAACUCGUCUACAUAUAUUCACGAAUGAAAACGCUUCGUAAUUUUUAGGGUUCUUCAUUUCAGUUUGGGAAAAUGGCUGAUUCUCCUCGCAAUAGGUAUGCUCGGUCUCCUUCUCCUUUGGAUGAAAAUGUAAGAUCUAGGUCAAGGUCAAAAUCUAGAUCCAGAUCUAGAUCAUGGUCAAGGCCAAGGGACAGGUCGAGAUCAAGGUCAAGGUCAAGGUCAAGAUCAAUGUCUAGAAAUCGUGGCAGGAGCGAGGUUAUUAAUGCUGGGGAUACACUAUAUGUUACUGGUCUUUCUAUGAGGGUCACUGAAAGAGACCUUGAAGAUCAUUUCUCAAAGGAAGGAAAGGUGAAAUCAGUAUUUUUGGUUGUGGAACCACGUUCUCGCGUCUCUCGUGGUUUUGCAUUUAUAUCAAUGAACUCUGCUGAGGAUGCGAAUCGGUGCAUCAAGCACCUUAAUCAAUCAGUUCUUGAAGGUCGAUACAUAACCGUGGAGAGGUCCAGAAGGAAACGCGCAAGGACUCCUACACCCGGUCACUAUCUCGGGCUCAAGAACAGUAGGGGCGAUGGUUAUCGUGGUAGCUCUGGUGGGCAUCGUAGAAGUUCUGGCCGUGGUGAUGACUUUGGGUACCGGAGGUCUCCUAGGCGCUCCCCUUACAGAGGUGGACGUGAAUACUCUCUUAGUCGCUCCCCCUACAGAGGUGAACGUGAUUACUCUCCUAGGCGCUCUCCCUACAGAGGUGAACGUUACUACUCUCCUAGGCGUUCACCUUAUGGUGGAAGGUCAAGAAGGGACAGAUAAGGUCAUAUUCGCCUUGAUGGAAUUAUUGAUGUUGUCGUAGGCAAAGACAUUAUCGGAUUUUAAGCUUUUUCGUUUGAAAGUUUUAAGUCACGUAUGAAGACUUGUAUGAUUAUGUUAUGGUUUGGACCAAACUGGUGUGGAUUCUCCUGUGGUAUUAUAUUAUGCAUGUUGUUCAGGUAUUAUUAGUUAAACUUUCAUGAAUGUGAAAAUUUGUCAGUAAAGUGGCUUUGCUGUAAUGUUUUGGUGAAUGCUUAUUAUAUGAUGAGACUGUUCAGUCACA